AGUGCAGUAGAACGUGCAGGUGAGGGGAGGAGGAGGCGCGUGGACUGAGAAUGCGGGACUUGGAAAAGACGCAUUUAUCCCGGAACACUUCACUGUUGUCUUCACUGGCUCCGCCGGAAUUAUUGUUGUUUGUUUGUUUUUCGUGAUCCUGAGCUCAAACGUACCGUAAAGCGUUUUAUAUUUUUCUGCUCUGAGAACUCCUUUGGAAAAGCACUGUUAUUCAACUUAACCGUGAGGGAAUCUAGCCGCUUGGCACUACUUGACUGCGGGAAAGCUCAAACAUAUUCCUUCCGCUGUGUUAAAAGGUAAGGGGACAACCUGCCGAAAACAUGAUAACAAUCCGUAGUAUAUAAUAUGCUUAAGGAAAUGAGGGGAUUUGCUAGAUAGCCCACUCCAGUGUCCCGAAGCUGAAGUCGCGGACAGUUCCCUUUUGUGUUCUGCUGCAUUGCAGUUUGAAAGACUGAAAACGGAAGACAAACUGGCACUCUGUCGAAUCCAGAUGAAGCCAAACAAGUAAAGAGAAGUGUAUUACAUGAUUUUAUUUACGUCUGUCCUCUAUAAUUACUGUACAUUUCAAAGGACUAAGAGUCAAGUGGAUAUAUUACAGGUAAAUGGAUGGACCUCUCUUCCCUAGAAGGAAUUUUAAUUUCAUUACAUCGCGAACGUGACUGGGAAACUAAAGAACCGUGAAACCCAACAAAGGAAGAACAGUCAGAAAGAUAACUCAGAGGUAUUUUGCUGCUUAUCCAUCACUUCAGUUAUUGUUGGUGGUGUGUAAGGUGACGGCAUCUAUUCCGGGCAAGUGGAAACUGCAGCGGGAGAGACGGUACGAGAGGGAAAGAGAGAGCCAUGAGGAGCAGGAGCCUUGGCGCAGUGCUCUCCGCGCGCUGCUGCUGCUACCUCGUGCUCCUCCUGCAGCUGCUGACUCAGCUACCGCGAGUCAACUCAGCGCUGCGAUACCGCGUGGCAGAAGAGGGGCCCCCUGAUGUGCGGAUUGGAAACGUUGCAGCAGAUCUGGGUUUAUCCUCAUCUGGUAUUGGUACUGGAGACGUGACCUUUGCACUGGAGUCAGGCUCAGAGUACUUCAAAAUUGACAAUGUGACAGGGGAGCUAACAACCACAGUUCGCCGGAUUGACCGUGAGCGCCUGCCACAGUGUCAGAUGAUUUUUGAUGAGAAUGAGUGCUUCUUGGAUUUUGAGGUGUCUGUUAUUGGCCCAUUGCAAAGCUGGGUGGACCUGUUUGAGGGUCGUGUAGUCAUCACUGACAUCAAUGACAACACCCCCUCGUUUCCCUCCCCUGUCCUUACCCUGUCGGUGGAGGAGAACCGGCCGAUUGGCACUCUCUAUCUCCUGCCCACUGCCACAGACCGCGACUUUGGACGCAACGGCAUUGACCGUUAUGAGCUCAUCCAAGAUGGUGCGGGACCCUCAGCUCCAUCCACCUCCUCUUCACUCCGCCGCCCUGGAGGGGGGCCUAUAGGACGAGCAGAUGGCGGGGACCGCAGACGAGGCCCCGACGCCGCCAUGAUGGCGGCGGGAGCUGCCCCAGGCGGAGGAAGUGGCGGGCGAAGCAGCGUGUUUGAGUUGCAGGUAGCUGACACACCUGAUGGUGAGAAGCAGCCUCAGCUCAUUGUCAAAGGCCCUCUGGACCGCGAGGCGCGCGACUCCUACGAGCUCGUGCUGCGUGUGCGGGACGGCGGCAACCCACCGCGCUCCUCGCAGGCUCUCCUCCGCGUGGCCAUCACUGACGUGAACGACAACAGCCCCCGCUUUGACAGGCCUGUGUAUGAGGCCGAGAUGGCCGAAAACACCCCGCCCGGCACACCUGUGCUACAGGUGCGUGCCACAGACCGGGACGUGGGCGUCAACGGCCAGGUGGAGUAUGUGUUUGGUGCGGCCACUGAGUCUGUAAGGCGCCUGCUGCGCCUGGACGAAGCCACCGGCUGGCUCAGUGUCCUCCACCGGAUCGACCGCGAGGAAGUAGUUCAGUUGCGGUUUACAGUCACAGCCCGCGACCGCGGUCAGCCGCCUCGCACCGAUCGCACCACCGUGGUGCUCAACGUCCGUGACGAGAAUGACAACGUGCCCGUAGUGGAGAUCCGCAAGAUUGGACGCAUCCCGGUGCGGGACGGGUCUGCCCUGGUCCCUGAAAACGUCCUGGUGGACACACCGGUGGCCUUGGUGCAGGUGUCUGACCGGGACCAAGGGGAGAAUGGAGCAGUGACAUGCACCGUGGUGGGAGACGUGCCUUUCACCCUCAAGCCAGCGGGGGAGACCGCACUGGCCCCGUUACCCGCCGCAGAUGAGGCCUUUGACAGGAACCGUAAGAAGUACUUCCUGCACACAUCAGCCCUACUUGACUAUGAAACAACACGUGAGUACAGCGUGACCAUUGUUGCCGUGGAUUCGGGGAGUCCCAGCCUCUCCAGUAACAGCUCACUGAUGGUGCGAGUGGUGGAUGUGAACGACCACGCGCCGACCUUCGCUCAGAACCUGAUUGAGGUCCACUUUGCAGAGAACAAUGCCCCAGGUGAGAGGGUGGUCACUGUAGUAGCAGCUGACGCAGACAGCGGCAAAAACGCUGAGAUUGCAUACUCCCUGGACCCCUCUGUUAACGGGGCAUUCUACAUUGAUACCGAUAAUGGGGACAUACGCGCCACGGGGUCACUCGACCGCGAGGUGAGAGAGCGCUAUGAGUUCCGGGUGAUCGCCCGGGACAAGGGCGCCCCAUCUCUGCAGGGCUCAGCCACUGUGGUCGUGCAGGUGACUGACAGAAAUGACAAUGCGCCCAAGUUUGUCCAGGAGGUCUUCACCUUUUACGUCAAGGAGAAUCUGCUGGCCAACAGCCCCGUUGGCAUGGUUACGGUCACAGACGCGGACGAGGGUGAGAACGCAGAGCUGAGCCUGUUUGUGGAGGACGACGAGGCUGAGGCCGAGGAUGGCGAGGCCAGUGGGAGAAGGGACGAGGUCUUCUCCAUCGAGAACAACACCGGCACCAUCUUCUCAUCUGCCUCCUUUGACCGCGAGCGCCGCAACGCUUACACGUUUCGCGUGCGCGCAGUCGAUGGCGGUGACCCCCCUCUCUCAGCCACCGCGACUGUCUCCCUCUUUGUGACGGAUGAAAACGACAACCCCCCCUCCGUCACCGCCCCGUCCAACGAGUCCUACGCCCUCCUGUCCCCUGCCAGCAGCGCCAGGACUGUGGUGCGCACGGUGGACGCUUCUGACAGGGACAUGGGCUCCAACGCUGACCUCCGCUUCACCCUGGUCGGGGGCAACCCAUUCCGCUUGUUCGAGAUUGGCCCCACCAGCGGGGUGAUCACCCUGACGGAGCCCCUGGAGAGACGGCACCGAGGCCUGCACCGGCUGGUCGUGCGGGUUAACGACAGCGGUGUGCCCUCUCUCUGCGCCACUGCCCUGGUGCAUGUCUUCAUCAACGAGAGCCUGGCAAAUGCCACUCUGGUGGACGCUCAGGUGGCACGUAGCCUGGCAGCACCCUUGUCUCUGGACAUUGCGGGAGACCCGGACAGCGAGCGGGCCCUGGGUAAGCAGCGCUUGAGCGUGGCCAUUGGCGUACUGGCAGGGGCGGCCGCCGUCAUCCUGGUCAUCCUGCUGGUGGUGACGGCGCGCCAGUGCGGGGCCCAGGGUAAGAACGGCUACGAGGCUGGCAAGCCCGAGGAGGACCUGUUCAGCCCGCCGGCCUCGGCCCAGUCGCAGGCCGACAAGCGUGGCGGCUGUGGCACCGCGGAGCGCGGACGCAAGCCCCGGCGGGACAAGCGCUCCACGGGCACCUCCGCCAAGUCCGAGCGCUCGCUCUACAGCGGCAUCGUGACGGUCAAUGGCUGCGGUGGCGGCGGAGCUCGGCAUGACGACGAUGACGACGAGGAGGACAGCGCCAGCGCCAGUGAGCGCAUCGCCGCACGCUACUGUGCUGCCGCCGGAGACCCCAGCAGCCCACGCCUGGGCACAGCGCGCCGACACCACCACCAGUCCAGCCCGGACCUGGCACGCCACUACAAGUCCAGCUCCCCGCUGCCCGCCGUCCACCUGCAGCCACACUCGCCGCCCAUCGAGGGCAAGAAGCACCAGGCCGUCCAGGACCUGCCACCCACCAACACCUUCACAGGUAGCAACGGGGCCAGUACAGGCAGUGCCAACGCUGACGCCAUGUCGCUGGGUUCAGACCAAUGCUCUGACUAUGGCUGCCAGACAGCAAGCAAGUACGGCAAACAGCAGACGCUGCGGCGCGUUACCUUCUCGGUGGUGAGCCAGCCCCAGGACCCAGGCUGCUACGACAGCGGCCUGGAGGACUCAGAGACGCCCAGCAGCAAGAGCUCGUCGGGGCCACGGCUGGGGGCACUGCCUCUGCCAGAGGAUGGCUACGAGAGGACCACUCCAGAGGGCAGUGUGGGCGAAGAGGAGCAUGUGGAGAAUGACCCAAGGCAGCUGCCCGACGUGGCCUUGACAGGGAAGUGCACGCAGGAGUGUGACGAGUUCGGCCACUCCGACACCUGCUGGAUGCCCGUGCAGGUUUCGCCCCGGAGGCAUCCCGGCAACGAGCCGUCACGCCUGUCCACCUUUGCCUCACCCGGUGGCUGCAUGGGGGUCGGAGGUGACCGCAACAACAACAACGAGGACGACGAGGGCAGCGAGCCAGACGCGGACGACGAAGACGGAGAGGGUUCGGAGCGCGGCGGCUCGGGCGGACGGAGACCCGGCCUGCGCAGGCACGUCCGGGACACUCUGGCCAACGGAGACCCGCUGGGAGACCGCAACAGCAACGUCGGCGACCACAACCGCAACCUGCUCAACCGCAAAAUGACCUCGGCCUCCUACGACACGUUCAGCAGUGCCGGGUUCGGACGCAGCCGCCUGGAGGAGGAGGAACAGCGCACCCCGGAAGUCAUCCCGCUCACGCGGACCGGCGGCGACUACAAGACCACCUCCUGUCUCACACUCUCACGCAGAGAGGUGUACCUGUGAGCGCCCGGGAGAAGCAGAGAGGCAGACAGAAAGAUGAGAGAGAGAGAGAGAGAGAGAGAGAGAGAGAGAGAGAGAGAGUGUGAGUGGGAGAAAGACAAAGAAAGAGAAAAAAAGAAAGGUCCACUAACAUUGAUUUCCCUCAAAUUUGCAGGACCCUAAAAAAAUCAAAAUGGGUUAAACAUCUGUUAAAACAGGUGUAGCCCUGAAGCCAAAUAAAUCAGUGAAAUAGUCCAAUUGAACUUUCAUUUGAAUUAAAAUAAACUGAGAAUCCUUGUCUGAAACCCCCAACUGUGCAUCAUAAGGAUGAUGUGCUGCUUGGCCCAUCCCUGAGCAAAUGUGCUAAUCCCCCGCUCAUCCGGCCCUCUAGGGGCAGUUCUUGGAAUUGCAGCGGCGAAGAAAAGUUGGCGGUCUGUCAAGCACAUCCAUGUGUUCCAAAGACCAACAUUUUGAGCCAGUUUUUUCAGACCAGCAUGGACCUAUUCUCAAUGAGAUUGCACAGGAAAAAUCUGUUUAGGCUUAUCAGUCAAUGAAAAAAGGAGUCACUAAGACUGAAUUAUAUAUCACCUGUAGGUACUGUUAUCAACAAACACUGUUAUCAGAACAGGACAUUGUAAAAUGCCACUUGUAACAUCUAAUCUGUCUCUUAUAUGGGGUGAUUCCCCUCUGAACAGACAGUUUAGCCUUUCAGUUAAGAAACAGUUUCCAGGCAAUGGUGACAGUUGUCCCAUGUUUUCUUUUCUUUAAUCUCAAUGCAGUGAUGCGUAUUCACGCUUGUAUAGGUUCUUUCAUGUGUCUUAUUCUUCUUACUCUGACAUGUUCCUCUACACUCUCCACACAUAGACACACACUCACACAGACACACACACACACACAGACAUUUCUUAUAUGUGAACAGAUGCAUGUUAAUGCUCAUCUCCUCAUCGUGCAUACAUUUACAAACGGACACACAACUCUGUGUGUCAUGUGUAUGUUUGUGUGCUCAAGCCAAUGCUGUCCAACAUUGCUUUUAAGAUCACUACUGUAGCUGUAGCAUUUUUGCCUGCUUUAACUCAACCAGUUUAUAUAUAAAAAUAUGUAAAACAUUUAAACAUAUUUGAAUACCUAAUCAUUCUAACAAUACUACUGGGAAGGCAUUCUGAUGACUUUGUAGGUACAUCUAUACUAUAAUGUAUACAAGGAACCAACCGCAUUCCUUUCUAGUAGAGACCAUAGAUAAACCAAAUCUGUACAAUAGACACUGCAUGAUAAUAAGCAAAUGCUUAUUUGGUUAACGGGAAAAAAAACAAAAGAUUUUUUUUGUGAGGGAGGGGAUGCUAAGCCUUCUUUUCUCUGUGUGUGUGUGGCACUUGAGCCAAGGGAUGAGCCAAGGGGUAUUGGUGUGUAAAAUCUCUUUCACAAGCUGGACAGAGAGUGAUGGAGAGCAACCUUUGAUCUUGCGGCAAACGCUGGAUCAACCCAUGUACAGAGCUGGAGCAGCUCGCAAGGAUUAAAUUGCUGCAUUCAACACACAACAAUGGUUUAAAUGGCCGACACUGCUCAGACCUUAUCUACACCUCUCAGGUACCACGAGUCUGUUUGUGAGUUGUCAGUGAUGACCCACUUCUCCAGUGUGCUCUUAAUGCCACAAGGGAGGUUGCUCUCCCUCCCUGUCCAUGGGGGCUUCCUGGCCACUAGAGGGCACCCUUUUUGACACUUCCUCUUUCCCACACCUUGCCCCAUUCUCACCCAAGUAGACGCUCCCCUCUCCUCCACCCAACCUCCACCUCUAGCUAGUCAGAUCCUGAAUCUCCACACACUGUAAUAUGAAUGAAAUGGGAUCCAGAUUCACCAAAGAUUUUAGCAUGUUUUGUUUUCUCACAGUUCUCGUUUAAGUCUUUUUCAUCUACCUAAACAGCACUACCUGUGCACUCUUGACUCAUUGUUGUAUAGUUCUUAAAUGAGAAGAGACUUUCAAGUCUCAAUUUUGUUUUGUAUUUGUUUUUUUGAAAGCCAUGCUAAAACCGUUUGUGAAUCAAAACCUGCGCCAUAUUACUGUCUUCACGGGAGCAGCCUUCCUUGCUGAGGCUGGGGACUCCGUCCGGUCCCGCCACGCCAAAUCCCCACCGGCUCCUCCUGCUCUCCUGCGACCUUAAGGACCCACUGACCCAUUCCGGAGCCCUGGUGCUUCAGUGCCUGGACACGACUACAAAAACAAAACAAAAAACACAAGAGAAACGGAUUGAUGUAGAAAUCAUAAAGGGGGAAAAAAGACUACAGCACUAAUAAUGAUGCAGACUCAAUAGGAAUUGAAUUCCGCAUGAACUGAACCUGCAUUUUUUGUUUUGUGGAGAGACUCACUCCAGUUCUGCUCUGCAUUUUUUGUCUGUUUUUGGUAAACAGCAGAUUCUUUGGCUAUAUAAUAACUGCUGUUUUAAUGCAGUCUGUAAGUAUUCCUGUACAUUUUCGCGAGGGAGGGAGGCUCUGAACUGUGAACAUGAGGGGCAUCAGUGUGUGCUUGUGUGUGUGUGAAUGAACGUGAGAGACUACUUUUUUUCUACUGCAUGCUAUACCAACAAUUUCCAUUCGCAUAUACCAGUUCCCAUUCUGAUGGUGGGAGGAGGGGUAGAAGAGGACCAAUUUUCCUUUACACACACACACACACACACACACACACACACACACACUGCUCACAUGCACAUGAGCAGACACACACACACACACAUUUUUGUAUGGUGAACUCAUACCCAUUUCUGCCCACUCCUCCCAUUUAUUCCCACCUGCCAUAGUAGAACUACCUUGUAGAGAGAUGAAAUCUUUAACCAGAAAGGCAUGCUAAAAGGGUCUUCAGUCCUGCACUUAUAAUAAUUAAUAUUAAAUUGUAUUUUUUUUUCCUUUAUUCAGUUUUUAUGCUCAUGUGAGAGACUUUGUUACUCUCUUAGUGUAAUUAUGAGAUGAAUCGCAUUUGAUAUGAGGGAAAGAAGAGGGCAGUGAAAGGUUUGGUAUGUUACCUGUACAAGUUUGACUUUGACAUUAAAACUCCUGCAAACCUC